AUGGCCAGCAAGAAAGACAGUGCUCCUGGUGGCAGCGAUGGUGGCGGUGGCCGAUCAGUAAGUGACUCGAGCGAGUCGCAGCUCUCCGAGGUCGAGAUCGCGAAGCUACGCGAGGUUUUCGCGCUGUAUGACAAGGACGGCAACGGCGCUAUAUGCAUCGAGGAGCUAGGCAUCAUGAUGCGCGCCAUGGGCGAGAACCUGACCGAGGGCGAACUCAAGGAAAUGAUUGCCAUGGCAGACACCGAUGGCAACGGCACCGUGGACUUUCCCGAAUUCCUUGCAUUGAUGACCGAGUUGAAGGGCACUGCAGACACCGAAGAAGACAACCGCGAGGUGUUCAGAGUACUCGACAGGGACGGCAAUGGCUUCAUCACUGCUACUGAGCUGCGCCAAUUCGUCAGCGCCAUCGGAAUGAAAUUGACGGACGAGGAAGUCGACGAAAUGAUACGGGAAGCCGACAUGGACGGGGACGGACAGCUAAACUAUGAAGAAUUCGUUGCAGUAAUGACGUCGACCGAGCAGUCCGAAUAAAGGUGUUUCCCUCACGCUCUCUAUAAA